AUCGAAACAGUUCAACACAGGCAAGCAAACAGCUCAGAACGAAGUGCGUCAACACAAAUCGAAGUGUUUUAUUUUUUUUUUGGUCAAUUUAGUCGACGACGAGUGCGCUUAGCGUCAUCUGCCCAACAACAAAAGGACACACACAACCAAACCAAACCAAACCACAAACAACAAACUAAAUAACCACAAAAAUGUCUGAUCGCAAAGCCGUCAUCAAGAAUGCUGAUAUGAGCGAGGAGAUGCAGCAGGAUGCUGUUGAUUGUGCGACACAAGCCUUGGAGAAGUACAAUAUUGAAAAGGAUAUUGCGGCUUAUAUCAAGAAGGAGUUCGACAAAAAAUACAAUCCCACAUGGCAUUGCAUUGUGGGUCGCAACUUUGGAUCGUAUGUGACACACGAGACGCGCCAUUUCAUAUACUUCUAUUUGGGCCAAGUGGCCAUUUUAUUGUUUAAGAGCGGUUAAAGUAUU